UUCGGUAGGUAUAAAAGGAAUUCCGGAAUAAGCAGAAGUUGCGUGUGAGCUGUUAUGGAUUUGAAGAUGUUUGCAGUGAAGAAGAUUUUUCUCCUGUUCAUCAUUUUGUGGAGAAAUACGUACUGGACGCGUGUAUCUGGACAGCGUGACGUGGGUCUUCAUCCUGUGCAACAACAGAACGGAAAGCCAGAAUCUAUUACGGUUGAAGCGGUUCCCGCUCUUUUCACCAUCGCUUCCUUGGAUAACGCACAAUGGCUUCUGUCCCGCAUUUCUUCAUGGAAGACGCCCUUCCCUUAACUAGUCACAUGGACUCUGAAUUACAGGAGCCCUUUCCCAUCACGGCCGAGGAGGUUAAAGAAUGGUCAGCCUCCCGCGUCGUCAUUGGGUCUUUUCUUGGAUUUUUCCUCAUUUUCAUCGUGUCCUCCAGUCUGUGUAAGAUCUUCAAACCGCGCGACCGCCCCAAGGGUUUUUCUUUCAACGUCAGCCAGAUCAUCGUGUCGGAAACGCAGGCCAUCAUUGCAUCAUUCACCGGAUUGAAGAUUGUCGUGCAGACCUGGUCGGAUGUGGUAUUAUCCCGUUCUCCACUGACCAAUUCCUACGCUAUGGUCUUUGUCGGAUAUCUCCUCUAUGAUCUCAUUAUUAUGUAUUUGACUGACUGGCGGACGGGGAAACAUUUCCUGGAUAUAUUUCGCAGUCAGCUGUCUAUUUAUUGUCAUCAUCUGGCUUUCCUGGCGAUUGUCCCCCCGGUGUCCUUGUACCUGCGCAACGGAAAAGGCGAUCAUUUCAUUGGCUGCUUUCUUAUCAUGGAGUUCCCCGUUAUAUUUCUGCAUUUCCAGCAUUUCCUGUCGGUAUUCGGAUUGAGUGGCAGUAAGGCGUACGUUGUCAACGGGCUGCUGACCAUGAUCAGCUACUUCUUCUGUCGGAUUGCGAUCUUUCCCAUGAUGUUUUAUCGCUUGGCGGUCAGGAAGGGAGUUCCGUUCUGGGAAGUGUUCAAGCACAUGUCCAAAAGCUGUGUGAUUGGCAGCGCAUUGUGCUUAAUAAUGCAGAUAUACUGGUUUACGUUGAUGUGCCGAAAAGCCUGCCGGGUGCAGAAGAGCUUGAAGAAGGAGAAACAUAUGAACGACAAAACAUUAUGAAAGAAUAUGUACAAGUGUGGUAUUUAAUCCCCGAACGGAAAGUUUGAGGUUUCGCACAUUUCUGACUUGGAAGAGUCUCAUCAUGCCCUGUCGCCCAAUUUUCCCAAAGAUAUUUUUCUGCAUGCGGAUCUUUUAAGUGUACCUUUUCAUGUUGACUUUGUUGUACAAAAUGUUGAUUAUGCCAGAUGGUUAUUUUUGUUGCAGUUGCAUGCUAGCACUUUUUGAUGGUACUCAGUAUGCUUUAUUGACAAAAUUUAUGUUUGUCCGACUGUUAAUUUAAGCACCUUAUUUGCCUUACCAUAACGCUUUGUUAAAUUACCACUGUGUAAAUGCAAAGGAAAGCGAAUCUUUCGUGUGUCCGGCACUCCGCAUUCUAUGUGAAUUUAGGAGAACGUUCAGUGUUAUUUAUU